GAUGGCGCUGUGUGCCGGGCCCAGCCCCGGAAGCCGCCGCAAAGAUAGAGACGGGAGAGACUCCGGGAGGGGGAACUGAGACUCGGGCCCUGGGGCCACACACACUGGACACGGGCCCGGGCCGGAACAAGAAGCUGCAGACUUUAAAAUGUCCUCCUUGGCAUGCGCCUGCCCCCAUCUAGAGUCUGUGGGUGAGGUGACCAAAGAAGCUCUCAUUCAGAAAUCUCACGGAAGCUGUCAAGACUGCAAAGUCAAGGGACCAAACCUUUGGGCUUGUUUAGAGAAUGGCUGUUCCUAUAUUGGCUGCGGAGAGUCGCACGUGGACCAUAGCACUACUCAUUCUCAGGACACCAAACAUUGCCUCACUGUGAAUCUCACCACGCUGCGAGUCUGGUGCUACACCUGCAGUAAAGAAGUGUUCCUGGAUCGGAAGCUAAGUGCGCAGUCUCCUGGCGCCAAACCUCAGGAUAACAACCUUGUCCAGGAAUCAAAAAUGACAUCAAAUCUGACUUUAAAAACGCCCCCCGCGGUGAUCUACGACAACCUGGAUGUGGAACUGGAAGAAGAAGACGAGCUUAAAACCAGAGGUCUCACUGGACUGAAGAACAUUGGAAACACUUGUUACAUGAAUGCAGCUCUGCAGGCUCUGUCCAACUGUCCUCCUCUCACACACUUCUUCCUGGACUGCGGAGGGCUGGCACGUACGGAUAAGAAGCCCGCGCUCUGUAAGAGCUACCAGAAGCUUAUGUCCGAAAUCUGGCACAAGAACCGGCCUGGCUCUGUCAUACCUACUAAUCUGUUCCAAGGCAUAAAAACAGUAAACCCAACUUUUCGCGGCUAUUCCCAGCAGGAUGCCCAAGAAUUCCUGCGCUGUCUGAUGGACAUACUACAUGAAGAACUCAAGGAGCAGGUGUUUGUGGCAGAAGAGGAUCCUCAGCCGGGGAUCUUGGAGGAGAUCAUGGAAGAGGAAAAGAACCAAUCGGACAACGACUUCCAGUCCUGCGAGUCCAGCUCCAACAGCGAUCACAAUGAAAACGAAAGUCGCAAGUUAUCUGAGGAACUUUCAGAAUCCGCCAUGUUAAUUCAAGAGGACCAAAAGGAGCAGGAAACGGUGAAAUCCUGGCAGAAAGAUAAGAAGAACUCCAACCACUCGAGCCAGAACAACUGCCUGCAGGAUCUGGAGAAGAACCUCGAGAGCCUAGUGGAGGACAAUGAUUCUUCUUCUCAAGGGACGGUCAAGGUCCAGAUCCAGAGUCGGAUAUCAGACUACGCAACAGAAGUGAUUAUGAACGACCUGUCUGCUUCUCAAACGCCGUUACUCGGUGAAGGCUCUGCUCCCCACCUGUCAAGCAGUCCCCCCAAAUUUGGGUCUCUUUGGACAAGCCAUAAAAAAGCGCCUACAAUUUGCCUUCCUAAGAAGAAGAGGCAGAAGAGGUAUCGCAGUGUGAUAUCGGAUGUUUUCGAUGGAACCAUUGUGAGCUCAGUGCAGUGUCUGACGUGUGAUAGAAUCUCUGUAACACUGGAAACGUUUCAGGACCUUUCACUCCCAAUCCCCGGGAAGGAAGAUCUGGCGAAGUUGCACUCGUCCAGCCAUCAGACUUCUUUAGUUAAGGCCGGCUCCUGUGGGGAGGCGUAUGCACCGCAGGGAUGGGUAGCUUUCUUCCUAGAAUAUUUUAAGAGCUGGUUUUGGGGUCCCACUGUUACACUACAAGAUUGCCUUGCAGCUUUUUUUGCCAGAGAUGAACUUAAAGGUGACAACAUGUACAGCUGUGAGAAAUGCAAAAAGUUAAGAAAUGGUGUCAAAUUUUGCAAAGUGCAGAAGUUUCCUGAGAUACUUAGCAUACACCUGAAGAGAUUCAGACAUGAGCUCAUGUUCUCCACCAAAAUUGGGACCCAUGUGUCUUUCCCAUUGGAAGGUCUGGACCUGCAGCCGUUCCUUGCAAAGGAGAGCCUUAGUCAGAUCGUCACCUAUGACCUUUUGUCUGUCAUCUGUCAUCAUGGCACCGCCAGCAGUGGCCACUAUAUCGCCUAUUGUCGAAACAACCUGAACAAUCUCUGGUAUGAAUUUGACGACCAAAGCGUCACAGAAGUGUCUGAGGCCACAGUCCAGAACGCGGAGGCCUAUGUGCUUUUCUACAGAAAGUCAAGCGAAGAUGCUCAGAAGGAGCGGAGGAGAGUGACCAGUCUGCUGAACCUGACAGAACCCAGCCUCCUGCAAUUCUACAUCUCACGCCAGUGGCUCAAUAAGUUCAAGACGUUUGCAGAACCGGGACCCAUAUCAAAUAAUGACUUCCUCUGUGUUCAUGGUGGUGUCCCACCACGUAAGGCUGGCCUGAUCGAAGACCUUGUCGUGAUGCUGCCGCAGAAUAUAUGGGAUUAUUUAUAUGGCAGAUUUGGUGGGGGCCCAGCCGUCAAUCACCUCUAUGUGUGUCACACUUGUCAGACCGAAUUGGAGAAGAUUGAAAAGAGGCGGAAAAUGGAACUGGAGAUGUUUAUUCGGCUAAAUAAAGCUUUCCAAGAAGAGGACUCUCUGGCUGUUAUUUAUUGCAUCAGCAUGCACUGGUUCCGGGAGUGGGAAGGAUUUGUAAAGGGCAAAGAUAUUGAACCUCCUGGUGCAAUUGAUAACUCAAAAAUAGCAGUCACGAAGUGCGGCCAUAUAACUCUGAAACAAGGAGCAGAUUCUGGGCAGAUAUCAGAAGAAACCUGGAACUUCCUCCACUCCAUCUAUGGUGGGGGUCCCGAGAUUACCCUAAGACAAACUGUCCCAGUCACCGAAGCCGUUCAAUCGGAGGAAAAGAUCGACGUAGAGACACGGAAUGUAUAAUCCGCUUCACUGGCGCCUCGUCAUCGGAGUCAUUUAAUAUAUUUUUGUGUCUUGAUUUUUACUGCUGACCUGCAUUCCUACAGUUCUGGUAUACAUUUAGAAGGCAUUACUAUUAUUUUUGGCUGUCCUAUUUAUGUUUUCUUAAAGCGAGAGGAGUAAUUUUUUUUUUUUUUUUUUUUUAAGAAUAGACCUAUGUAAAUGUAUUAAAAUUCUUUAAUUCUUUUUAAUCUUCCUUUUAAUCCUGCCGACUUGUAAAUAGUAACCAAAAUGGAAUCUGGGAAGCCACAUUUCGUUUGAGGCUGUGCAUGUAAAUUGAUUGCGCAACGCCUUGUGCUCCCAUUAUAUGAGUGUCCAGCCCCACCCCUAUCCAUGCCCCAUGUUGUCAGCCGGAAACGGUGUGUACGUGUGUGUGUUGAGACAGAUCUCGGGUGCCCCCCUACCCACCUUUGAAUUUUCUUUUAUAUUAUUUGUCAUUGCGCAUUUCCUCGGAAUGUGUUGCGCAAUCCAAAAAAGCACUUUUUCCGAUUUACUUACAAGUGAAUUCUAUACCCCUAUGGUUCCCUUUUUACCCCCUUUAAUAUAGUAUUUUUCUAUAUAGUUAUGAAUUUAUGCCUGGAUUAAUUGUAAUGUGACUCAUGUUGUCAGGGUUUGGGGGAUGGGUGUCUGUGAUUACGUAAAAAAAGGAGUAAAUGAAGGAACCUUGGUUUAUUUUAUAUUUUUUUUAUGGAAUGUUUAACCUUUUAGCCCGGGAUAUGUUCUAGUCUAGUGCAUGGCAUGCCCUGACGUCUAAGAAGGAAAAAAAAAAUCGGUUUUAUUUUGAUAUUGAGUAUGGACCUUGGUAGAUGCGUUGGCCGUAUAUUUAUGUAAUUGAGUUUUAUUUUUUGCUGGUUUUGCAAUGACCUUCUCCGUAAGUAGAAAUCCACUUAGGUCCGAAGAGCACAGGUUCAGGAAAGGCGCGAGGUGCCCAAGAGUGACUUCCCCCUCCCGUAUAGAGGUCCCAGCCCCCCCUUUUAAAAUGGACCAGCAUAGAAUAAGACAGCACAGCGGGACCAAUCUGAAGUUUACCUGAAAGCACAACCGAUCGUUCAUGGUCACAAAAUACAUUUGUACAAAGGAUGGUGAUUGUCGCCAUUAUAGAGUAGUUUGCACUUGUCUAUAUAUUCGCCUAGACCUCUAGUGAAGUCCAUGGAGCAUUAUUUUAUACCUCCAAUCCCCCCCCCAACCCCCCCUCCCCUUUCUUCUCUUACCCCAUGGUGGAAAGCAACUAGCAUAUUUUUUUGGGAGGGGUCUGACACCUCCUAUUGCUUCAAAGCUGUAUGGGAAUUCCAUGCACAUACACAGUGAUGGGUGUACUAGGAGAAACCCUUAGCCACUUAGUCUACAACCAUUGGUUCCUCAGCUGUUGGUAAAUUCCCAGGAUGCCCGGAUAGUCCAAAAGCUGGAGGAGCAGAGGUUGUGGACCAAUGUGUUAGCCAAUUCUUGGUUUUAUUGGCCAUAUACUUAUCUGCCAGCCCCUUCCUGUGGUGUAGAAACCAAAGCAAGGGGUUGUCUGCUUUGCGCAAUCCCUUUUUGUUAGAAGUUGCCCCCCUCCUCUAUUUGCUGAUCAUUGGGGUGUGGAAUCCCCAGGGAACAACUGUAAUCUCCCAGCUUGGGAGAAAGGGUGAAAAAACACAGGGGGUGCUCCCUUGGAAGUAGCUGCGCUGGACUGUGCCACGCUUGAGAGGGUGGAGAUACUUGAGUUUACUGGCUGCUGCACCAGGGUGGUGUCCGAUAAAGGACAAUAGCAAUAAAAUAAGAAGAAAACGGUUCGGCGUGGCGCUGCUCAGUGUUCGGUCGAUAAAGAAGGACUAGAGUGGCACAGGACAAUAAAAACUUUAUUGGUGUAGCAGGACAACGCGUUUCGGCAUCCACUGAUGCCUUCCUCAGGUCCACUUACAGUUACCAGUGCUUGCUAUGCGCUGGGUUGCUGGAGAAGAGUCCUGGAAACGUAACUGCAUGGAAAUAUAACCGGACUCCUCUCCAGCAACCCAGCGCAUAGCAAGCACUACAACAGGGAACUGUAAGUGUACCUGAGGAAGGCAUUAGUGGAUGCCGAAACGCGUUGUCCCUGCUACACCAAUAAAGUUUUUAUUGUCCUGUGCCAAACUCUGAGCAGCGCCUCGCCAAACCAUUUUUAUCUUUUUUUAUUUCUAUUGUAAUCUCUCAGGUAAUUCGGCAAGCCUUCAGUUUCCCUGCAGUGCCCCCACAGGACAAAAAAAGCAUUACACAUUUUUUUAUUGAAAAAAAUGGGCAUUGUAUGUAAUGCCUAGGCCUCCAAACUGUGGACCUGCAGCUGUAGCAAAACUACAACUCCCAGUAUGCCCGGACAGCCGUUGGCGAGUUGUAGUUUUGCAACAGCUGGAGGGCCACAGUUUGGAAGACACUGAUGUAAUGCAUAGAAAGUGAGACAGGUGGCCUUUGUAGCCAUUAUGGCAUAUAGAUUAGGGGCACCCCACUGCUAAGUUUAGGCAAUGAUUCCAAAAUUCCAAAAAUGUUUAAUUUAAGCCAAGCUAUAGACAGAUUCUCAGGACAAGACAAGGAUUUUUUUUCCCCCUAAUAGAACAUCUGUAUAAAAUUUUGGGCACCUCUAGCUAGUGGGAAUGCUUAGUAUCCUUGUACCCAAAAAUGUGACACCGUGUAUGGCCUUCUCUUUUUAAGGAGCACCUGUCACCUUUCAUUGUUCCCUUUCAUUGUGCAAAUUGAAAGAACUUUUUAAAAAAUAUGAAGGAAAAAAAUAAAUAAAAGCUUUGUAAUUUGCACUGGUUAAGCUACUAAGGAGAAAUGUUUUGUAUUUUUGUAAAGAAGACUGGGUCUCUUGGACUUGAGAUUCGGACCACAGCCUUUGUUCCAUUUCUAUACAUUCGUACAGUGCUAGUAUUUAGUUUUCUUUGUACAGACUAUAAAAGAAGCUGGGGUGGGGGAUGUAUCUCUACCGCAGGUCUCCAAUUAGGAAGGUCACAUGCUCCCUUUAAGUAAAUUAUACGUUUCUGGCCUUAAAGGGGUAUUCCAGGAAAAAAACAUGACAGAUUUGUAAACUACUUCUAUAAAAAAAAAUCUUAAUCUUUUCUAUAAUUAUCAGCUGCUGAAGUUGAGUUGUUCUUUUCUGUCUGGCAGCAGUGCUCUCUGCUGACAUCUCUGUUUAUCUCGGGAACUGCACAGAGUAGAAGAGGUUUGCUAUGGGUAUUUGCUCCUACUCUGGACAGUUCCCCAGAUAAGUGUCAUCAGAGAGCACUUAGACAGAAAAGAACAACUCAAUUUUAGCAGCUCAUAAGUAGUGAAAGGAUUAAGAUUUUUUAAUAGAGGUAAUUUACAAAUCUGUUUAACUUUCUGGAGCCAGUUGAUAUAUAAAAAGUUUUUUUUCCUGGAUAACCCCUUUAAAUGCCAUGUACAGCGGCCUGUCCCAAAAGUUUCCAUAGGGCCUAUUUUUUUCACGCUAAGUUCCGUUGCAGCGGGCUCCCAUUGUUUUCAAUGGGAUUCUGCUGCACUAUUCAUACUAUGGAACAUCUGCCAUGGAAAUGCAGGAUCCCAGACUCCGCUGAAAGAAUAAACAUGUUCAUUCUUUCGGCGUAAUCUGCUCGGAAAUUAUUUGCUGGCUAUGGAGACGGCACAUCUAGCGGUCCUAGCACCGACUAAAUAGCCGAUCACUAAUACAGUCGGCGCUUCCUACAAGAUGGAACCUCUACUGAUAUGUCUCUGUGGUGUGAAUGGGCGCUUAGUGUACCCUAGGUGACUUAUUAUGGUGCCGAUUAAAAUCACUGGUCAACAACAUUAUACUUGUCUGUGCGGAGUUCUUCAGAACACAUCUCCAUUCUGUAAAAUAGGCUUGAUCCCCCCCCCCCAAUCCAGCAGAUAAUUUGGCCUUGUUGCCCUUAGCAACCAUUCAGGCCCCAGAUUCCAUCUCUGAAGCUGCAUGGUGAUUGGUUGCUAUGAGCAACAAGACUUGUUUUUUGGUUUUGUCAGACAGAUUUGACCCCGCAGGGCCUCAUUUAUCAAAAUUGUAUAACAGGAAAAAAAGAUAUUGUUGCCCAUAGCAACCAAUAACAGGGCAGAGUUACAGAUGGAGCCUAAGGCCUACUUGGUUGCUAUAGGCAACAAGACCUAUUUUAUUUCUGUCAUUUUGGAUAAAUGAAGCUUAGUAGGCCUCCUGUCAAAACUGCCUGACAGAAGAAGCAGGUCAUGUUCACUAGUCCUCAGGUUCCAUCUAUAAAACGGCACGGUGAUUGGUUGCUAUGGCAACACAACCUUCUUUUAUGUCUAGUCUUCUAUUAUUAAACUGCAUAAGUUGCUAUGGGCAACGCUAUGUUUUGGACCUUUUUGCGAUGAGGCCCGGGAACCACUCCUAAUGCAGUUUAGCAGCUGGAAGCUGGGUUUCGUUAGUUGCUAUGGGCAACAAUAAUAGUUUUUCUGUUAGUUUUUGUAAAUUUGUCAAGUUGUUUAUUUUUGCCGUCCAUAGCAACUUAUCACUACAGUUUAACAGAAUCUGAGGCCUGGUUGGUUGCUAUGGGCAACAAGUCCUACUUUUUCUUUUUGUUUUUUUAAUUUGCUUUAAGGGGUAUUCCGGGCAAAUUUUUUUUAUCCCCUAUCCAAAGGAUAGGGG